AAAAAAUUUCAUAUAUUUCAGAAUAGCCGCAGUGAGGAGAAGAGAAGUCAUCGGAAUCAAUUGUAUUGAAUAAAAAACUGAAUAAUGAACGUUGAAUCUUUGCGCUACACAAAAAAUAUCUUAAAUCGUCUUACGAUAAACCAAAGGUUGUUCUACGAGAAGAAUGGAUAUUUAGUAUUUCCUGGCCUUAUACCGCAAGAUGUGAUCAAUGAAUGCCACAAAAGAUUUGAUGAUAUUGUCGAAGGCAAAGCUCCACGAGACGGAAUCGUGGUGAUGUAUGAUGUGAAAGACAGGAAGUCGGUAAAUAAAAUACAAGACAUAAAUCGGGAUCCGAUAUUCUGUCAUUAUAUCGAGCACAAGAAAAUCCUCGACAUAGUUGAGUGUUUUACGGGACCAAACAUUUUAGCGAUACAUAGUAUGCUCAUCGCGAAGCCACCCGACAUUGGAUUUGGUAGUUCAAGACAUCCGCCACAUCAAGACCUGUACUAUAUGCCGAUACGUCCAGCCGAACGUAUAGUGGCCGCGUGGACAGCUAUGGAACCAUGUGAUACCGAAAACGGAUGUCUCUUUGUAGCACCUGGAACACACACUGCGGAGCGCCUGUACCAACACAGUUAUCCUUUAAAUAUGGAUGGCAAGAUAAAUAAGUUUUAUCACGGAAUACAGAAUUUGCCUUCAAUCGACCGAUGGGUGAAUCUCGAGAUGCAAUCGGGCGACACAGUAUUCUUUCAUCCGUUGCUCAUUCAUGGAUCCGGCGUCAAUAAAUCCAAGAGAACGAGACGGGCCAUCUCCUGUCACUAUGCGACAGUGGAUUACAAUGUGGCCGAUGACGAUCCAAUUCAGAACACCAUCAGAAAUGAAGUCUUGGAAUACACGAAGGAAAAAUAUCCUGAUGUGGAUUUAACGUACGCGGAUAUAUGGCGUGUCAAAUCUACGCUUGUACGCGGCAUUCAAUCUUCUUUAUAAACGUUUAAAGGUCGAACUAUUGUAUCUCAAAGCAGGGAUAAUAAUCGGGCAUAAAACGUUAACAUAGUUUCGAUAGAAAUAAUAUUAAUAUAGAAAGAGAGGUCAACAUGGGAUUCAUUUAAUGGACAAUAUAAGGUAUAACAUUCGGGAAAAAAGUGGGUAAAUAACAUCACUACAGAAGAAGAAGUAACGACAACGGCGGGAUUGUCGCCGUUAUUAUUUAAUGAAUUAAAAUUGCGUCGAUGUCGCUGAGAAUUCAACGGCUGUGGGACAUAACAAUGCUUCGCAAGGGGAUCCUUAUAAGUAUUCUCGUGUCGCACGCUCGAGCUCGAUGUUCGACAGGCGGCUAAGCAAAUCUGAAAACGAUCCGGAUUACGUAUACGCAGUCUCCCAUCAUCUUUUGGCAUCCUCGCGGAAGCUAACUUUCGACCUUUUAAUUGUAGGAUUGACUGAAAUAAAUAUAAAUCUAUUUUAAUUAC